CUUUUGUUCCUCUGUUGUGGAUUUGUUUUUCUACCCGGCGCACUGAAUUCGCAUAAAAUUGCACUUCGCAAUGGCAGCCGAGCCAGAACCGUCUACUUCCAAAGGGGUUACUGAAAUACGCCAACUUUCCAUAAUUAUAAAAUGGGCCGGCAAUGAAUACCCAUUAACAGAGUUAACCGAUCAGGAUACUGUGGCUGUGCUGCGCCAUGAAAUCUUCAAACUCACACAGGUGCGUCCGGAGCGACAAAAAUUGAUAAAUCUCCGAUAUAAAGGCAAAGUAGCGCCAGAUGAUACCAAAUUAUGUGUGCUGGAUUUGAAGCACAACUUCAAACUAAUGAUGGUGGGCUCAACUGAAGCUGCUAUAGAGAGUGCUAUGCAACUGCCCGAUGAUAUUGCCGAGGUGAUUGAUGAUUUUGAUGUAGCCGAAGAAGAGGACUUAGUAGAGAAAUCACCUGUUUAUUUGGCAAAAGUCCAACGUCGCGUUAGAGAAUAUAAAAUAACCGAAAUUAAUCCACCAAGGGAAGGAAAGCGUUUGCUUGUACUUGAUAUUGAUUACACUCUAUUCGACCAUCGAUCUCCCGCCGAAAAUGCCUCGGAGCUAAUGCGACCAUAUUUACAUGAAUUUCUGGAAUCAUGUUACAAAUAUUAUGAUAUUGUUAUUUGGUCGGCAACUGGUAUGCGUUGGAUUGAGGAAAAAAUGAAAUUGCUGGGUGUAAGCAAUAAUCCCAAUUACAAAAUAAUGUUCUACUUGGACUCCACUGCCAUGAUUUCGGUAUAUACUAUUGAACGUGGUGUCCUCGAUGUGAAACCGCUGGGUCUAAUUUGGGGUCAAUAUCCGCAAUAUAGUUCCAAAAAUACCGUCAUGUUAGACGAUAUACAACGUAACUUUUUAAUGAAUCCGCGUUCAGGUAUACGUGUACGACCCUUCCGCCAGGCACAUAUAAGUCGACAUACGGACAAAGAGCUUCUUAAGCUUACAAAGUACCUGAUCGAUUUAGCACGUUAUUGUGACGACUUUGAUACAGUGAAUCAUCGCAAAUGGCAGCAUUAUGAUCCGCGUAAACGACGUACACAAUGAUCAAAAACAAACAACAACAAGAAAUGUGUCAGGGUUUUUUCAAAAUCCUUAUUAAGGUUACUACCGCGAAUUAAUUUGUCAUUGAUUCGAAGCUCAUACGCUCAGCUCAGCUAAGCAUUAUUUAUAUUAAAAAUUCCGGCGUAUUUACAGCAAAUGCUUAGCAACGAAGUUUUUACUUUCCCAUUAAUACACUGAUAAUAUAUUAAUUAAUUAAGAUAUAACUGGCAUAAUGCAUUUAAAUUGAUUUUGUGAUUUUUUGUGAGCGCGUUAAACUACAAACUGCUAGUUAUUAAAUAAAUUUAUAAAAUAUAUGUAUAUGAUAAACGUAAUAUAUGUCUGUAAGUAUAUGUAAACGUCGGUUUUGUGCAAACGGUUGUAAAAUUUUAAUAAAAUAAUAAUAAAAGAUAAAAGAAAAUAAGAAAUACAAAUUUAAAACAGCUAACAAAUAAUAAAAGCUUUUUUAGUUGCUAAUGGAAAUACAAUAAAGUAAAAUCAAUCAAUGUUUCAUAAACCAUGAA